GCCAUGCCGGUCUAAUAGAUUUCACAUAAUCUUUCUCUGAGUGGACACAUGAUACGAAUCUCCUUAAUUUUUGUAAGUAUUUAAUUCUGAUGUCAUUAGACAAUUUAAACCAGGCAAUCCAAGAACUGUAUUCACAGAAUGGAUUUGAGUUGAUUCCUCUAAAACUGGAGAACGAAGGGUAUGUUUUAGUUGGUUUCCUUUCUUGUUUUCAAAUUUUGUUCGGUUUUCUGUCUCUUGAUUUUCUGGGAACACCGGAGAGGUAGAGGUAGAGUCGCCGGCGGCGGUGACGCUGAUGGGUCGGAGGUGAUGUGGGUUUUCCGGUGCUGUGAUAUCCAGGUUCAUCUUCCAUCAUCCCUUCUUCUUUCUCAUUGUUUGAACUUGGGUUUCGGGAAAAACCCUGAUUUGGGAUUUUGCAUUCAAUCAUCUCUUCCAGUAAGGUCAGUACCCAAUUCCGUCUUCUCAAAUUUCAUCCUUUGAUUCGAAGAAUUUGGAUUCCUGUUACAAGCUAUUUUGGAAAUUGAUUUUCUCAACCCAGUUUCUGCAACUGGGAAAGCUAUGAUCAGUAUCCCAUUUCGUGGAUUCUCAACUCUGCUCAAUGGAGCGGCCAAAACCCCCAAUUACAUGCGGAGUUGGAAUCCAAUUCCAGUGCCACACAGAACAAUUCCUGAACCCAGAGGUCAAGACCUUGAUUUUGUGAAUGUAGCACACAGUCACCUCAUAAACUCGGAUUGGGCUAAGCUCAAUUCAAUGUCGACCGGUCUAACACCAUACAGAAUGAAGCACAUUAUGUUAAAGAUAAAGAAGGAUCAUGUUCUUUCGUUUGAGUUCUUCAAUUGGGUUAAAGCCCAAAACCCCAAUUGCCAAACCCUUGAGACUUACUCAAUAAUUCUCCACAUUCUUACUAAGAAUCACAAAUUCAAAUCUGCAGAAUCUGUUUUGAAGGGUAUUCUAGGAUCGGGUUCAAUAGAUCAUCCUUCUAAGCUCUUUGAGGCGAUACUGUAUUCGUACCGAAUAUGUGAUUCUUCGCCUUGCGUUUUUGACUCACUUUUUAAGACUUAUGCUCAGAUGAAGAAGCUUAGGAAUGCCAUUGAUGUGUUCUGCCAAAUGAAGGAUUAUGGGUUUUUGCCUAGAGUUGAGUCCUGCAAUGCAUAUAUUAGUGCAUCAAUUAGUUUACAACGAGGGGAUAUUGCAUUGACAUUUUAUAGGGAGAUGCAGCGUUAUAGGAUUUCACCAAAUGUUUAUACUCUGAACAUGGUGAUGUGCGCAUUUUGCAAAUGGGGGAAACUAGAAAAGGCUAUUGAGGUCUUUAAAAGGAUGGAAACCAUGGGCUUUAGUCCAACUAUCACAUCUUAUAAUACAUUGAUUGCAGGAUACUGUAAUAAGGGCCUUCUGAAUUCAGGUAUGAAGCUUAAAAUCCUGAUGGAGAAGAAUGGUGUGCGGCCUGAUGAUGUUACUUUCAACACCCUUAUCAAUGGGUUCUGCAGGGGAGGGAAAUUGCAUGAAGCAAACAAGAUUUUUAGUGAGAUGAAAGCUAAUGAUGUAGUUCCUAAUACUAUAACUUAUAAUACUUUGAUAAAUGGGUACAGCCAAGUGGGAAACAGUGAGAUGGGUGGGAGACUUCAUGACGAGAUGUUAAGAAAUGGAAUUAAGGCUGAUAUCUUGACUUAUAAUGCAUUGAUUUUGGGACUAUGCAUGGAGGGUAGGACAAAGAAAGCUGCGUAUCUGGUUAAAGAACUUGAUAGGGAGAAUUUAGUUCCAAACUCCUCGACCUUUUCUGCACUUAUUACUGGGCAAUGUGUGAGAAAAAACUCUGAGCGUGCAUUUCAGCUAUACAAGAGCAUGAUAAGGAGUGGCUGUCAUCCAAAUUAUCACACUUUCAAGAUGUUGAUAUCCACCUUCUGCAAGAAUGAGGAUUUUGAUGGGGCAGUGGAAGUUGUGAGGGAAAUGUCAGAAAGAUCUAUAGCUCCUGAUUCAGAUACAUUGUCAGAACUUUGUAGGGGACUUUGGUUGUCAGGGAAGGAAGAAUUGGCUCUGAAGUUGUGCAAAGAGAUGGAAAUGAAACAUCUCAUGCCAGAAGGUUUUGAUAAAUCCAAAACUAUCAAUUUUAGGGCAGAAAGUGAGGAAAAAGAAAAUGGAGAGAAUUUUUAAGUUCACAUAUACUAGUCCUAUCUUUGUUAAUUUUAAGGCUUAGGUGCUAUUUAUUUGUCAUUUUGGAAGCACAUUUCCAACUUUGAGCCUACAGUAGGAAUUGUGCUCUGUUUUAUAAGAUCUUUCUUCCCUGUACUUGUUUUGUAACUGCAGAAAAAAUUCAUAAGCAAAUUUUCCACAUG